AACCCGUGUCCUCUUCCAACUCGCCCAAUUCAAUUUUAACGAACCCAACCAAUUAUUGCUCCACGGCGGCGCAAUCUCCAUGGCGCAACCGCGCCGAGCCCCCUCCCCCCUCUACAAGCAGAACUCGUGGUCGCCGGACAUCAUCCGUGACGAGGCCUGGACCAGCCGCCGGAAGAAUCACAGGCUCCACCGUGGCCGCAGCUGCACCGAAGACGACCUCGAGGAGCUCCGCGCCUGCUUCGAAUUAGGUUUCGGCUUCGAUUCAGCCGAUUUGGAUCCCAAGCUUUCGUCUACUUUUCCUGCGCUCGAGCUGUACCGCGCUGUCAACCGGAACUACUCCAACAGCUUGUCGCGAACUUCAUCGGCGACGUUUUCCGAUUCCGAUUCGGCCGCCGAUUUCAUUGUUGCUCCAGGUGAUGAGCCGGAGACUGUGAAGGCAAGGCUGCGGCAAUGGGCGCAGGUGGUGGCGUGUUCGUUGCGCCAUUCUUCACCAAUUCUUUGCGAUUCAGAUUGCUGUUUAGGGAAGAAGGAGAGUUGUGAAGAAAUAAAUUAAUCAAUUUUUUUUUAAUUUUUAGACUUUACAAUUUACUAGGAAUACAUGUUUUUGAACAAAAGAAUUUUUUACCUCAACUCUUGCAAUAUAAAAGGAUUUUAAUAUGAGUA